AUGGCUCUGGAUUGUGUUGGAGCAAUUGAUGGUACACAUGUUCGCGCAUCUGUGCCACCUGAAAUACAAGGAAGGUUUCAUGGUUGCAAAGAUGGAACCACGCAAAAUGUGUUAGUUGCCAUUAGUUUUGACUUAAAGUUCACUUAUGUAUUGGCUAGAUGGGAAGGCAGUGCACAUGAUUCACGUGUGUUAAAUGAUGCAUUUGCUAGGCUAGGGGGAUUUUCAAUUCUCGAAGGUAAAUAUUAUAUUGGUGAUGCUGGGUAUGGUAAUAAAAAUGGAAUUUUGUCACCUUAUCGGAGUGUGCGAUAUCACUUGAAAGAGUUUAGUGAUCGUCCUCCUGAGAAUGAGCAAGAAUUGUAUAACCUUCGACACUCUUCAUUGAGAACUACCAUUGAGCGAGGGUUUGGAGUGUUGAAGAAAUGUUUUCGAGUGUUGGAUGCAGAACCAUUUUGGUCUUUUGAAACCCAAGUGAAAGUAGUGUUAGCAUGUUGUGUGAUUCAUAAUCACAUUAUGGGGGUUGAACCAAAUGACCAUAUUAUGGCGACUGCAAUGAACCAAGUAGAGUCUAGUGGCCCCCAACAAGAAACACAGUCACGUCGGGAUUCCAUUGAAGACAGUAGAGUGUGGAAUGCUAAGAGAGAUCAGAUAUGCCAAGCUAUGUGGUUUGAUUAUACUAGGAGUGGAGAGUAG